UCUCCUCCCCCCUUCGCCCUUUUCCCGUGACGUUCGCUGUACACGUCGAACUCUAAACCAUGGCUGGAGGACCUAUCGCCAAAGAAGAUGGAAACAUCGACUACCGGACGCUCGUCGACCCCAACAAGAAAUGGUACAAUAACAGACGAUUAAUGACCCUUAAUGCUUGGAUGGUGUUGCUUCUCAUCACCUCCUCAACUGUCGGUUACGACGGAAGUCUUCUCAACGGUCUCCAGUCCAUCGACAACUGGCAUGAGUACUUCGGUGAUCCCGAUGAUAACAUGCUUGGUUUGUUCUCGGCCAUCCAGAACAUUGGCUCGUUCUGCGCAUACUUUUUCGCCCCCUACAUCUCUGACGGACUCGGACGCCGUGCAUCAAUCUUCGUCGGAUGCGUUAUCAUGAUUGCUGCCACUGCUAUCCAAACCGCCGCUCAGAAUGUCGCCAUGUUCUUGGCCGCCCGUUUCUUCAUCGGUUUCGGUGUCGCUUUCGCUGCCUGCGCUGCCCCUCUGCUCAUUUCGGAGAUCGCCUAUCCUACGCACCGUGCUCCUCUCACCUCCGCCUACAACGCCCUCUGGUACUCUGGAUCCAUCGUUGCCGCAUGGACCACUUACGGAACUGAGUUCAUGAGGAACAGCACCUGGGCAUGGCGUAUCCCCUCCGUCCUCCAAGCUCUCCCAUCUAUUAUCCAGAUUGGAUUGAUCUUCUUCUGCCCCGAGUCUCCUCGAUGGCUCAUCAACAAGGGUCGCAAUGAGCAAGCUCUUAAGAUUUUGGCCUACUACCACGCUGACGGCAACGAGGAGGACCCUCUCGUCAAGUACGAGUAUGAGGAAAUCAAGGCUGCCAUCGAACUCGACCGUCAAGUUGCCCAAAGCGUCGGCUGGAAGACUCUCAUCGCCACCCCCGGAAACCGUCGCCGAAUGAGGAUUAUCAUUGCCCUCGCCUUCUUCUCUCAAUGGUCAGGAAACGGUCUCGUCUCCUACUAUCUCAACAAGGUCUUCGACACUGUCGGUAUCACCAACUCCUCGACUCAGCUCCUCAUCAACGGUAUCCUCCAAGUGUGGAACUUGGCCUGGGCUCUCGGCGCUGCAUUCGUUGUCGAGCGCGCCGGUCGACGACUCCUCUUCCUCACUUCUCUCGGAACCAUGACCUUGUUCUUCACCAUCAUGACCAUCUGCGCCGCCGUUUACGCUCGUGAUGCUGAGCGAUUCGAAAAGGCCGGACACGCCUUCAUCGCCUUCAUCUUCUUGUACUACGCCGCUUAUGACAUCGCCCUCUCCCCACUCAUCGUCUCCUACACGGUCGAGAUUCUCCCCUUCCAAAUUCGUGCCAAGGGUCUCUCUGCUUUCAACAUCGCCAUCUCCCUCUCGCUCGUCUUCAACCAAUACGUCAACCCCGUCGCUCUCGGCAAACUCCAGUGGAAGUACUACAUCGUCUACGUCUGCUGGCUCGCUUUUGAAUUCGUCUUCUGCUGGUUCUUCGUCGUCGAGACCAAGAACCGUACCCUCGAAGAGACCGCUGCCUUGUUCGAUGGUAACGAGAAGACCGAUGAGUUGGCUGCCAACACCGCUGCUGCUGUCGACGACAAGGAUGCUUCUCAGGAUGAGAAGCUCUCCAUUCGUGGCGAGCAGAAAGCUUGA